UCUUCUCCUCCUCAUCACAGCAAUAGUGGUAUGGAGAUUCAAUAUGCUCCAGGACUUCUGCCCAAUGGUGGUGGGCGAUCUCCUCCAGUCAUCGGCUAUAAUGCCCCCAAGACCUCAACACUGCUGCACGGCCUGCCCCGUGUGCCGAUAGCCCCUGAUGCUGGUAGGAAGAAGAGAGCAAAGUCGGCUGCUGCACCAUCGGCUGCAAAGAAGAAACCUAAGAAGCAAAAGACCACUGCCGAUGAAUUGCCAGCCAUAGAUCCAGAUGUAACGGAAUUCCUGGAGGAUGAAGCAACGGUAGAAGAUGUAGAUGAAGCGGCUGAACACAUUAGUGAAACAAGGGAACAAACUACUCCAGCUGAUCCACCUGCUCCUCAAAGAACACCAUCACCUCCAGUACGUCCCACAUACAAACCAAGAAGGAAGUUUGCUUCCAAGAAGCCACCAGCACCAGCUCCAUCGCCUCCUCGUCCUCCAACUCAUGUUCCUGAAUCAAGUGAAAACACUCCAUCGGCUGCAGACAGCCAUCAUGUGGAUGAAGAAGAAAAAGCUACACCAGCUCCUGCUAUUCCUGCAAUUCUUGGAUGAAGAGGAAGAAACAACAAGCAAAACUCUGGUGCCCUUAGCUGAUGAUAUCAAGUCAACUCUACUACACAUCUCAAAAAGGCUUGAAGGCUCUCUAGAAAUCUUGGUGACAAGCUGUGGAUCCAUCCGAGAUAGACUUAAUGAAAUCCAUGACAAGAUCCCGGAUGAGCUAGCGAAUGCCAUCACUCCAGCAGCAUACCUUAAGCAGCAUCGGCUUAAACUUGAAAAAGCCCAAAGGAGGAUUGCCGAUCAGCGUGAAAGAAGAGAUCUUGAGGCAACCAUCCAAGCUAACAGGGUUUCUAUCAAUGAAAAGAAGGCAAAGCUUGAUGAAUUGGAGGCUGGUACAAACCCCACUCAAACUAACAUUGAUCGGCUGAAUGCUCGAAAGAUAGAACUCUUGGCUGAGUUGGAGCAGUGCAAUGCACCGGUCGCCCUUGAACAGCAAAAGCUUGCUGACUUGCCAAAAGGCAUUGAGGAUCAGAAGUCAAAGUUGAAAGUAUCUGUCAAGCACUUGGCCGAUCUGACCAAAUCUCUGAAGGUGUUCCCAAGCACUGAUGCAGCCGAUGCCCAAAUCAUAGACGAAGUAGAUCAUAUUAGGCAAAGGGCAAUAUCGGUCAUCCAAAAAUACAUGUCUGGAUGAGCUAAGUCUUGUAAUUCCAACUUUAAAUUUGCAAACUUAACUUUUGGGACGUAAUAUAACUUUCUGCUUGUGAAGCUUGCUCUUGAA